GUAUGGAUAUGGGGAUAGUGAAUGCUGGGAACCUGCCCGUCUAUGAUGACAUCGAUAAAGAGCUGCUGUUACUGUGUGAAAACCUCAUCUGGAACAGAGACGCUGAUGCUACUGAGAAGCUACUGGCCUACGCACAGAACAAUGCAAAAGGAGCGAAGAAGGUGGUUCAGACAGACGAAUGGAGAGAGAGCAGCGUGGAGGACAGGCUGGAGUACGCUCUCAUUAAGGUAUAAUAUGUCCAGAUUGGAUGACAUUAGGCUUGUGGGAGAGUUGUCAUGCUGGUUUAACUUCUUUUACAACACCUGUGCAUACUGGUCUUCAGUAUGCCCUCAGCUACCCAAAUCAGGAUGCUGUGAAACAGAGAAUGUUAAACCAUGUCUGCUUUUUAAACACAUUCUUGAGGCUUCCAGAUGUGGUGAGGGACUGUUUAACACUAAAAUUAAGAGGCCAAUGGACGCCUCUAAGCUAUGAAGAAGGGAUAAGAAUUUGUUAUGGCAAGCAGAUCUGCAACCAUGUUCCUAACAUGCUCCUAACAGUGCUGGUGAUUCACUGUUCUCAUAAAAAACUGUUUGUUUGGAACAUCUAGACCUGCUGAGACUUGUUAGUCUGUGAUACACUUCCCCUGACAGCAUUUCAACCCAGCCUCAAUCACAGAGAAGUUAGAGGAGUCGAUACACAGUGGAACCUGCAGAGGAAAGGGAGAGGCUCAAUGCAUUUUUCUUAUUUACUAAGUAGAUUCAUCUAUAUGUUAGUCUUUAACAGGUUUACAUGCUAAAUUAGACAUUUUUCAAUAGAAAACAAUUGGGAAAAUAAACAAACAA